GGGUAUGUAUCCCAUCCCCAUUUCAAAAGCAUUCAUAUAUCAUAUUUGUGUGAUCGGUAACAAAAUACAAAAUUUUUUUUUCUCCAAGAAGAAGUAAUCUCCAGGGAUUGGGGCCUCGAAUGGGUCCUGGUUCCCACUAGUCUUAUUGCAACAAGAAUGCUAUUAACCAUCUUUAUAUCAGCUGGGCAGCUCGCGAAGACAGCAUACAGGCCAAAACCCGUUGCUUUCUAGUCAGUUUCUUUAAACAUAUACGUAAAUUUGGUUGUCACUUUCGUUCUAUUAUCUUAAAUGCUGUCCAUAUAUGCAUGAAAUGCCGCAUAAAAUCCCUGGACACUUCACUGAGAGAGUUUACAGCUGCAUUUUCGAUUGAUAGUAUCGCAAUUUGUUGAUUCCUCGGUCUCCUAAUCAUCGCCUGAAGAAGAGAGACAGAGAACUAUCAAUGGAAAGUGAAGCCUGUCAAAAUUUCAAUCUUCCUCCAGGAUUCAGGUUUCAUCCAUCCGAUGAAGAGCUCAUCGUACAUUACUUGAAAAACAAAGUAGCUUCACGUCCACUGCCUGCAUCCAUUAUUGCAGAAAUCAAUCUGUAUCAACACAAUCCAUGGGAGCUACCAAAGAAGGCCCUGUUUGGAGAAGACGAAUGGUAUUUCUUCAGUCCAAGAGACAGAAAGUAUCCUAAGGGAGCAAGGCCAAACAGGGCUGCUGGGUCAGGUUACUGGAAGGCCACUGGUACUGAUAGACCGAUUCUCAAUUCUUCUGGAUCAAAGAACAUUGGAGUGAAGAAAGCUCUAGUUUUUUACUUGGGUCGUCCUCCUAAAGGAACCAAGACAGACUGGAUCAUGAAUGAGUAUAGACUGCUAGAUGCCAUGGUUAAACCCUGCAGGUCAAAAGGGUCAAUGAGGUUAGAUGACUGGGUAUUAUGUCGAGUUCGACAAAAAGGCAAUGUAUCAAAGAACAUAAAUGAAGUUCAAGAUGACCAGAACAAAGAUGACAUUUGGUACUUACCAAAGAUGGAGGAAGCACGUGGUACAUACACCAACUAUAGCAAUGAACUGAUCACUGAUUGUUUUAACAAAGAUCGUAGAUUCUUAGCUUCAAUCCUUGCUGGGCAAACUUUACCUCCAAUUGACACCAUUUCAUGUCUUAGCAACCAACGAAGUGAUAAGGACAACAGUGUGGUUUAUGAAGAUGGUAGCGAUAUGUUGAAUUCUCCAAUAACAGUUUCUUCUUUUGACAAUUAUAGCUCACUGAAGAUGAAACCUAAUGAGGAAGCUAGGUGUGAAAAUCUCCAUCCAUCCAACAAUAAGCUAAACAAUGGCAAUAGAGAUGAGGAUCUUCUACCUAGAUACAUGGUACCCAGGAGUGAUUUGAGCUACUACCACCAAAACCAGUCACAAGAAAGGGUCUAUGCUCCUAACACAUAUGAUCCAAUCAAUGGCUUUCUUGAGCUUGAUGAAUUGGCCUUCUAUUGUAAAUAUUUACAGUAA